ACUCAACGAAAUGAACCAGUCGAAUAAGCCCAUACACGUCUUAUCUUAAAUUAAACGUUCUCGAAGUAAAUUUUGAAAUGCCGAAGGUAGUGACACGAAGUAUUGUUGUGUCUGACACAAAAGAUCGUGAAGAAUAUAAGCAAGAGAAGCCAUUGUUAACGUAUUAUUGUAUGUGUGGGCAAAUGGUUCUAAUUUUAGAUUGUACAUUGGACAAGUUACCACUGAGAAAACGUGAUGGUGCUCGUGUUAUAGAUGCCAGUAAGCACGUACACAAGAUGACUUGCGAACGUGAUGAAACGGUUCACUUAAAAAGACCAGGUGGAGUGGAAAGGCAAUACAGACAAAAAUGCAAAAGAUGUGGCUUAAGGUUGUUCUAUCAUCACAAGGAGAAGGAUACAAGUAUAUUAUUUGUAGUAGAAGGUGCUGUGUAUACAAGUGGCGAGGGUCCGGCUCUGAAACCAAUACCAGUUAAAGUUAAACCCGAUAAAAAGGUUAUGGUCACAAAGAGAACGAAAGAGAUGGGCAAGUAUAGUUCUGUUACUGUGUCAACAAUUGAUGAAGAAGAAGAUGAGAUAGAAGCGAGAGAAAUUGCAGAUUCUUAUGCUCAGAAUGCCAGGGUAAUUGAAAAGCAGCUGGAGAGGAAGGGAUUGACAAAGCGAAAAAUGGAAGAGGCUGCAAGAGAAAUUGCUAAAAAGGCAAAACCAAAGGGGACACUGAUCGACAACAUGCAUAAAUGAGGGCGCUACAUAUAGGUUAAUGUUAAGCAAUUAUAUUUUCGGGAAGAAUGAAAGUGUAUUAAUUUGCCUGUGACAAAUAUCUUUUUUAACCUCAUAAUAUGUGCAUAAUGAUGUAAAGUUUUAGGAAGAGCAUGCUAUGUAUGUUCUGAAAGAGUAGAAGAUGGUAAUGAAUCAUGGUGCAUGUUGCAGCACAGGAAAGAAGAUUCAGGAUGUUUUUAUUUUUAUAAUACAUAUACUGUACAACAAUAUGAUAUCAUUUAUAGAUAUUCAGCUGUUUUCUAUUUUAAAAAAAAGUUGUUUCCAUUCUUUUCUGUAACGAUUUCCUAAUGUGAAGCUCUGGUUUUGAUUUUGUUUUUGAGUUAAUAUUGAGUGUCACUGGAAGGGUGGUUUAAUAGAUUUUUAACAAUUUAGUAUGUGUGUUGUCAAAAAUAAAUUUGAUUCCAAAAUUUGCCAAAGCAUUGAGAUCUUGUCAGAUUGAAUACUGUACCUCAGUAGCCUCCUAUUGGAUAAUACAGUAAUAGAAUGCAGACUCGAAAUUGUUUUUGAGAAUCAGUAAGUACAAGAAUACCAUUUCCUAUAAAUAGUUUAUUAUUUUUAACAUGGGUGUAACAUAACGUUGUGGAAGGUUGUACAAAGUUUUGAAAUCAAUAAAAUUACACAUAAAA